AUGAAAAUUUUCUGCAGAGGAGAGUUACCUGCUCCAAGUUUGCUGAAAGUGCAAUUUGCUGAAGAUAAAGAGUGUUGGGAUGGCAAUCUAAAACACCACCAUGGAACAAAUUUUCAGAGCAAUGUGUUUGCUUUCACUUUUAUCAUGAUGUUAUGUUUACAGAAUGUCCAGAAUUCUAUAGCAGAGGAAGUUUAUUAUGGUGUAGAUGAUUCUUUUCGUGGUUUAGCUCCUCAUAUUGUAGAGUUGCUGUUGGGUUCAUAUAACGCCCAAAUACCACUUAGGGUGUUCAUGGCUAUAGUUUCUCUCUUAUUGGCGAGUUUCUUUGGGUAUCAUGCUAAUCAUUGUCUCACAAACACCGCAAUGAAUGAGACCUUCAAGUGGCAAGACUACUUAAGCUGGCAGAAGAAAUGGAGUGAAGCAAGAGCAAGUGUUGCAGCAUUGAAAGCAAGCAUCACCAGGAUGAGUAGUGAUGGAAAGCCUUCGGAGACCAAAUGUAAAUCCUUCUUUAGAAGGUCCCCUCUAGAGGAUACUGAAGGUGUUGUAAAGAAUAAUGUGUAUGACAACGGAUUCUUUCACAAUUUCUUUGAGGUCGUUUGUCCGGUUUCGACAAGAGCAUCAUUUUUGCAGACCAAAGCAAAAUUUGGCUAA